AUGUUACAUAACACAAGAGCACUGGGCCAGAACUGGUAUUGUUGCCACUUGUGAAGCCCAACAGCCUGAGCCGUUGGUAGUGGAUGCUGCUUGUUCAGUUUCCUUUAUCUCCAUUGAAACUUUCGCAAGCAUUUUCAGCGCUUUCAACUCUCAUUCCAGACUAUAUUUUCUGUGAGUCCUGAUCAAGUGAUACAAAUGCGCUGCAAUGGUGACAUAAACUAUCGACUGAGACUGGAAAAGUAGCUGAACACCAUCUUUUCUUCUUUUUUAUGGUGCUUCUAUUGGAACAGUCUGAGGAAAGCAUAUACAGCAUGAGUUUUAUCAUGAAGCUUCACAGACACUUUCAAAGGACCGUUAUUCUGCUUGCCACAUUUUGUAUGGUGAGCAUUAUUAUUUCUGCAUAUUACCUGUACAGUGGCUACAAACAGGAAAAUGAACCCUCUGAGCUAAUGUCAGAAGUAGACUGUGGGGACUUCCAGCACCCACCAUACAGGCUCAUGGAAGUCAAGACAAUGAAGCUUUCUGAUGCCCCGAAGACAGACCCCACAGUCCUGGUGUUUGUGGAGAGCCAAUACUCAUCACUUGGUCAAGACAUAAUUAUGAUUCUAGAAUCCAGUAGAUUCCAGUAUCACAUUGAAAUUGCUCCUGGAAAGGGGGAUCUCCCAGCACUUAUAGAAAAAGCGAAAGGCAAAUAUAUUCUCGUUAUUUAUGAGAAUAUAUUAAAGUAUAUAAACAUGGACUCUUGGAACCGAAGCCUGUUAGAUAAAUACUGUGUGGAAUAUGGUGUGGGUGUCAUUGGAUUCCACAAAACUAGUGAGAAGAGCUCACAGAGCUUUCAGUUAAAAGGUUUCCCUUUUUCCAUAUACGGAAAUCUUGCAGUAAAAGAUUGUUGUAUUAAUCCUCAUUCUCCAUUGCUUCGUGUGACCAAAUCUUCCAAACUUGAAAAAGGUUCUUUACCUGGAACUGACUGGACAGUGUUCCAGAUUAAUCACUCAGCCUACCAACCGGUAAUAUUUGCCAAAGUAAAGACCCCAGAAAACCUUUCUCCUCCUAUCUCUAAAGGUGCUUUUUAUGCCACUGUCAUACAUGACUUGGGACUUCAUGAUGGAAUUCAAAGAGUUUUUUUUGGCAACAACUUGAACUUUUGGUUGCACAAGCUCAUCUUCAUAGAUGCUGUCUCCUUCUUGUCAGGAAACAGGCUGACACUGUCCUUGGACAGGUAUAUUCUUGUGGAUAUUGAUGAUAUUUUUGUGGGAAAGGAGGGGACAAGAAUGAACACCAAUGACGUUAAGGCCCUGCUUGACACUCAGAAUCUUUUGCGUGCACAAAUCACAAAUUUUACGUUCAACCUUGGAUUUUCAGGAAAAUUUUACCAUACAGGAACUGAAGAAGAAGAUGAAGGGGAUGACCAUCUUCUGGGGUCUGUGGAUGAGUUUUGGUGGUUUCCUCAUAUGUGGAGCCAUAUGCAACCCCACCUCUUCCAUAAUGAGUCAUCUUUGGUGGAGCAAAUGAUUCUCAACAAAAAAUUUGCCUUAGAGCAUGGCAUUCCUACGGACAUGGGCUAUGCGGUGGCCCCUCACCACUCGGGAGUCUACCCUGUACACGUUCAGCUUUAUGAAGCCUGGAAGAAGGUUUGGAAUAUUAGAAUCACCAGCACUGAGGAAUAUCCACAUCUGAAACCAGCUCGAUAUCGGAGGGGCUUCAUCCACAAAAACAUCAUGGUUCUUCCAAGACAAACCUGUGGGCUUUUCACUCACACUAUAUUCUACAAAGAAUAUCCAGGAGGGCCUAAAGAGCUGGACAAGAGUAUUCAAGGAGGUGAACUUUUCUUCACUGUGGUUCUCAACCCAAUCAGCAUUUUCAUGACACAUCUGUCCAAUUAUGGGAAUGACCGGCUGGGACUAUAUACCUUUGUUAAUCUGGCCAACUUCAUGCAGACCUGGACGAACCUGCGACUUCAGACUCUGCCUCCAGCGCAGCUGGCUCACAAGUAUUUUGAGCUCUUUCCCGAUCAAAAAGACCCUCUCUGGCAGAAUCCUUGUGAUGACAAACGCCACAGAGACAUUUGGUCUAAAGAAAAAACCUGUGAUCGUUUACCAAAAUUCUUGGUAAUAGGACCCCAGAAAACUGGAACCACUGCUUUGUAUUUGUUCCUGGUUAUGCAUCCUUCCAUCUUUAGUAACUCCCCCAGCCCAAAAACCUUUGAGGAGGUACAGUUCUUUAAUAGAAAUAACUACCACAGGGGGAUUGAUUGGUAUAUGGAUUUCUUCCCAGUCCCAUCUAAUGUCACCACUGACUUUCUGUUUGAAAAGAGUGCCAAUUACUUCCACUCAGAGGAAGCUCCUAAAAGAGCAGCUUCUCUGGUCCCGAAAGCAAAGAUCAUUACCAUCCUCAUUGACCCCUCAGACCGAGCAUAUUCCUGGUAUCAGCAUCAGCGAUCGCAUGAAGACCCUGCAGCUCUGAAGUUCAGCUUUUACGAAGUGAUCUCAGCUGGUCCCCGUGCACCCUCCGAGCUUAGAGCCUUGCAGAAGAGAUGUUUGAUCCCAGGGUGGUAUGCCAGCCACAUCGAGAGAUGGCUUGUUUAUUUCCCUCCCUUUCAGUUGCUAAUUAUUGAUGGGCAACAGCUAAGGAUGGAUCCUGCUACAGUGAUGGAUGAAGUACAGAAAUUUCUAGGAGUCUCUCCUCAUUAUAAUUACUCAGAAGCUUUAACGUUUGAUUCUCAUAAAGGCUUCUGGUGUCAGUUAUUGGAAGAAGGUAAAACAAAAUGCCUUGGAAAAAGCAAAGGAAGAAAAUACCCUCCAAUGGAUCCUGAUAGCAGAGCAUUUCUAUCAAGCUACUACAGAGAUCACAACGUGGAACUCUCAAAGCUACUGCACACUGGGGCAGCCUCUGCCAUCCUGGCUCAGACAGGAGCUGCAGAAAGUGAGAUAGCACUGAGAAAACUCCUUGAGAAUCCAUCUUCUAUGUGACAUUCACCUUUCCCAAAGCUUCCAGAAGCUACCAAAAGGCUGUUUAAAAAUAUACCUCUUCAAAUGAGAAAAAAGAACAAAGUUCCUUCCAUGUGCUGGCAUGUGGAUGAUUGGGGGGGGG